AUGGCGAACCCACUGACGAUGGGGAAGCUCAUCGUCUUCCUGAAGGUGGAUUUAUUGUUCGCCUGCUGUUGGCCGUUGCGGUCUACCGCCACGAGAUGCGCGAAAAUACGCAACAAGAUAUUUCGCCUGCUGUCCGUGCUGCACGGCAUGACCAUGGUGGUCGCGAUAGUGUACACGAUCUACGUCAAUCGCACGAACAUGUUUCUGAUAAUGAAACUGUGCUGCGAGCUGUGCACCACCACCGAGGUCCCGUUGCAGGUCAUUUGCUACUCCCUGCAGUACGAUCGACUACAAUAUGUGAUUUACGAAUUGGAAGAUUAUUGCAAGCGGGCAAAACCGGAGGAGAGGGAAGUCUUUCAUCGUUACAUUUACAGCUGCAAAUCGGUCUACGUGGGCUCGGUGUGCGCUUUCACCGUUACCGGCCUGCUACUCAUUAUCAGCCCCCUCGUGGAACCCCAUCCGUUCCCCGUCGACAUCGAGUAUCCGUUCUACGUGGAUUAUCAACCCGUGAAAACUAUCAUUUAUCUGCAUCACAUAUUACUCUUAUAUCAAAGUUACACGCAGGUGUGCUCCAAUAUUUUCGUCGCGCUCCUUUUGUGGUUUGUCUCGGCGAGGUGCGACAUACUGUCCGAUCGAUUUCGGGCGGUCACGAAAUUCGAAGAGUUGCAUGCGUGUGUGACGGAACACCAAGAAUUGUUGAACAUGAACGAUGUAAAUACAAGAAUUAUGCUGAGCAGGAGUCGACAACCGAUGUCGGUGAAAUCGACAUUCUUGAUCUUCUUCAUUUCGUCCCUCGCAAAAGUGUAUUUGUGCGCGUGGCCGGCCGAUCAUUUGUUAAGCGCAAGCACCAAUAUCGCGCAUGCUGCAUAUGAAUCGAUGUGGUAUAACGGGGAGGCCAACUUGCAGAAGAAUUUCUUACAUAUUUUGUUGCGCAGCCAGCAUCCAAUAGCUGUAAACGUACCCUGCAUGCUUCCGACUGUUUCAUUAAAUUACUACACCUCUUACAUCUCGACUGCCUUCUCUUAUCUGGCCACAUUCCGAGUUUUACUCGAGAACGAGGGCAAUUAG